CACGAGGAGGUAAUGCGCGCUAAGCUACCCGGGAAAAACCUCACAUCCCACGUCACGCUGUCCAACAAAGUCAUGGUUUGGGUUCGGGACAAAGUCAGAGGGUGCGAGAUAAGAAAGCCGGAGUGCUGUCAGAGUGAAGAUGUCCACUUUAAGUGAUUCUGGUUUUGAAGAGGACCUCCACAGUCCUUCUCCAUCUCCUCUUCACUCCACUCGGACCUGGUCAGCACCCACAUGCGACAGACUGACAGCUGACUGCCUUCACAGUGACUACGACGAGAGCUGCUUCAUCAUUCAGAGAAACAACCAGGAGGGCUUCCUUGCUCUGGACUGUUUGGCUCGUCAACCACAGAUAACCGCCGAGGCACGCUGUAAACUAGUGAGCUGGCUCCUAGCUGUUUACAAACACUUCAAGCUGUCCUUCGAAUCCUGCUGCUUGGCCGUCAACAUCAUGGACCGCUUUUUGGUCACAACAUCGGUGGCAGCAGAUUGUUUCCAGUUACUCGGCGUGACGUCUUUACUGAUCGCCACCAAACACGUUGAAGUUUGCUCCCCACGCAUUAAGCAGCUGCUCUCACUUUGCUGUGACGCUUUCUCCAGAGAGCAGCUCUGCAAUCUUGAGUGCCUCAUUCUCCUCAGACUCAACUUCCGCUUGGCUGCACCGACUCUCGCUUUCUUUCUCGACUACUUCAUCAGCCGUGAGUUAUCCAGAUACACGCCCGGAGCGGAGGAAACAAUCCUCGACGGAGAAAACAAGCCCCGGUGCUGGAAAGCCAGUGAAGAGCAGCUCUUCAGCAUAAAGAGGUAUAAAUGUUUAGCGGGUAAAGUGUGUGAGCUGAGUCUGGCAGACUACGCUUUUAACAAAUACCAACCGUCUGUGAUCGUACAAAGUGCCAUAAACCUGGCAAAGGACCUGUUAAGGAGACAGUCUUCAGUGGAACACACCAGCUCUUCAGAGAUGUUAGACUUUCUCUGUGUCAGAGAUGAAAAAUCACAUGGUUCGGACCAUUGUGCUUUAACCCAGCAAUGCACACAACAGCUACAGCUAUUAGUGUCUCUCAAUCAAGAGUCAGUUCAGGACUUAAUAACACUCUGAACCAGCACUGUCACGUCUUCUCCAGGACUUUUGUAUUUACUUUUCUUUAAAUAUGAAGGAUGAAUAUGUUAUUAAAAUGUUAUUAUAUUUUGUGUUGAUAGAUAUAUUGAUUCAUGAUAUUUUUUAUUUGAUAUGAUUAUGCACAUUCAUCUGGGUUGUCUGUGGUUUAGACUGUUCAAAUAACACAAGUAAUAUCUUAAUUAUUCUGUAUAGACCCUAUUACUGCUAAAAAAAAAGCAGUUUCUGAAUAAGAAACAAUGCACGAUAGACACUGAAUGAAUUAAACAGGCCAAGAUCAGGUCUUCAGCUUCGCUAAAUAUAAGUGUAUGUAGUAGACAAAACCCUUCAGCUUUAUUGACUAAGACAAAUAAUAAUGCAAAGAACAGCAAGCAAACAUAAAAACAGUUCAUUAAUGCUCAAUAAGCUCAAGUAUAUCUUAUUAGGUGAUUAUAAACGAAACAAGACCUGUGAUGAAUCAAAAAUAGUACAUUUGUAAAAGAAUCUUGACUCAUCUUAUACUGAUGUAUUAAUCAUGUUACAAACACUUGUGUAGUUUACAGCUUGUGGUGAAACUGUAGGAUGGUCCAUCCAUCUAUUUUCUGUAGUGCUUGUCCUACACAGGGUCACAGGGAACCCAGAGUCUAGCUCAUGCAGUCAGGGCACAAGGUACAGGAUCCCUGAACAAGGUGCCAGUAAAUCACAGGGCACUAUCACACUCAAACACUACAUUUAGAUUUAUGGCAUUUGACGCCCUUAUCCAGAGCAACUUACCUUAUUUUUAUACAAAAAAGCAAUUGAGGGUCGAGGGCCUAGCUUGAGGGGGGGACUUCCCCCACUACAGACAAUUUAGGUAACACGAUUAUGGAUUGAGGGGGGGAAACUAGAGUACCACGAGGAAACCCCUAAAGCAUGAGAAUGCAAACUCUGCACACACACACAGCUUUAUACAUAAGCACUUUAUUAUACACAUGAUAAUGUUUUUAAGCUGUGUAUUACAGGAUUAUUCUGUGCUAUAAAUAGUAACAAUGAUGAUGAAUUCCCAGCUCUUAGAUCCAUAGGGAGAAAAACACAAGCAAAAGUAUAAAUCACUCAUCCCUAAGGAUUGGUUUAAUACAUUUGUGUUAAAGAGUCCAAAAAUUGUCUGAGGCAGAACUAAUCGAAGCGUAUAAUGAAGAGGAUAAUGGUUAACGGCUUUUACCUAAGGGACCUACAGUUAGUGGUUCAAUAAACCUGGGAUUUGAACUCAUACCAUUCGGGUCAAGCAGUGUAUCUAUGCAGCACAGAUUGCUUUAUUUGGGCGACGGAGUAGCCGUCCGGUUCAGAAAUUCAGGAAAUUCAAGCAGAAUGACUUCACACACGUCUGCUAUACGGAAUCUCGAAUUUGGAAAACAGCGUGUGGGAAUUAAGAGCAUGACGCAAAAGACAGUCUCCUAGCAAAUCAAGUAGCAACAAAUAGACAAUAAAAUCAAAUUUACGGAUUUUUCCAGCCCUUCACGGAGCAUGCAAACAGAUGGUGUUUUAUGUUGCCUUUAAUUCCUCUGUGAAAUUGUACUAAAAGCAGAUGUCUGAUGAACUCAUGACAGCUGGGACAGGGUGGGCGGAGGAGGUACGCCUCUGUCCCCAGCUGUCAAUCAUGCGGAAGCCUGUGGAAACAGGAAGGUGCUCUGGGUGGAGAGAAAACUAUGUGAAAUAUUCCGUUUAUUUGGUAGAUAAUUCAUCAUUGCUGUGCAUUUGCUGAUUGCCGUUCCUCUGAAAAUGUUUUCCAUGCACAUGGAUGUCAGAGCUAUUUUUCUUCUCUCUUUAAAAGACUCUGAGAACGUAGACUUCCACUUAGCUAGGAGAUUAAAACCAGACUAAACUAUCUUAUUGUCAAAUUGGGUGGUUUUUAGCAGUUUGUGUAAUCACUUUAGAAAAUGAUAGGCAGGAAAUGAUUACAAAUUGUAUUUCCAUUGGUGCGUUGUGACCUUAGGAUGAGAUAGACGUUAGUGAUGGGGUGCGAUCAGAACCUUAUAAUGCAAAGGUCACAAUAUGAUGAGUGUCAUUUACUUUUUCAGUGUUAUUUGGCGAAAUAGAUCAUCCUAGUGCAGAGUUUUAGAUCAGCCGGCAGGGUUACAGAUAUUUUUG